GCGCGCCUUUUCUGAGGCAUUGCCUUGGGCUCCGGUGCCGGAGAACCUCACCAACAACAUCGUGGGCCCCUACGUGGGUGACGCCGGCUUCGACCCUGCGGGCUUUGCGAAGAACAAGCGCUUGUUGCCCUGGUACCGCGAGGCGGAGUUGGCCCACGGACGCGUUUGCAUGUUGGCGGUGCUGGGCUACACCGUUCAGACCAGCGGCGCCAAGUGGGAGCCCUUCAUCACUCGCUACCCCACGGACUCCGCGGACCCUCUCAAGGCGGCCACCCAGGUGCCCAUCAUCGGCUGGCUGCAGAUCCUCACCGUGAUCGCCUUGUCGGAGCUUUGGCGCUACGAGAACGUCAUCAGCAAGUACAGCGAGGGCGUGCAGCCCGGGGACUUGGGCUGGAACGUGGAUGCUCCCACGGGCUCCAAGCGGCCCAAGUGGUUCGGCCCCACCUUCACUGCCAAGUACAGCCCCGAGGAGUGGAGCAACAUGAAGCUCCGGGAGAUCAAGCACUGCCGACUUGCGAUGGUGGGCUUCUUCUUUAUGGUGCUCACGAAUGCCUCCACAGGCGUGGGCCCCUCACUGAUCCCCAGCUUCACCCAGUCAGAGUUCCAGUCCAGCGUCGGCGACUUCAUCCCCAAGGGCCUUUGAGAGGUUUCGCCGAGGUUUGUCGCGCGUCGCGCGCAGGAGCUUUGUAUAGACGGCCCCAGUCGCUCAGGUUCCAAGCUUGGUGGGUUUCAGACUCACUGGACAUGGCUUGGUGGUUCGCAG